AUGGGUCCCUUUGAUCCUAAACCGUUUCCCAGCACCCAGCGGCGGCAGCAGAAGAGCAUCAGCCUCGAAGUGGAGCGCUGGAUUGCUCACAUUUCACAGGGUCCCCACAGCAAGUUACUUCAAUUCCCGAAAUGUCCUUGUCUCUGCCUAAAUCCUGACACCGAUGCAGGGGCAAAAAAAGCCCCGAAGAGACGUGACCUUCCAAAACACCCAAAAGACAUAUUUGCACCUAUUUCAAUUUCCCUUUUUGGAUUUAAAUUAAGGGCUAAAUCGUCUUUAGACAGACCAUUACCCAAAACGGAGGACCAAAGGGGUGGUAAUUCAGUUAAUGAAAAAAUGUUUCCUGUUGGUAUGCGUGUUCUAGCUGUUGAUGAUGACCCAAUUUGCCUCAAAGUUUUGGAGAAUUUGCUUCGUAAAUGCCAGUAUGAGGUUACAACUACCAAUCAAGCAGUCACUGCUCUGGAAAUGUUGAGAGAAAACAGAAACAAGUAUGACUUGGUUAUCAGUGACGUUAACAUGCCAGACAUUGAUGGCUUUAAGCUCCUUGAACUAGUGGGGCUCGAAAUGGACCUUCCUGUCAUCAUGUUAUCAUCUCAUGGUGAUAAAGAGUUUGUAUAUAAGGGGAUUACACAUGGUGCUGUUGACUAUUUGCUAAAACCUGUUAGAAUGGAGGAGCUCAAAAACAUAUGGCAACAUGUAAUCAGGAGAAAGAAAUGGUAUCCCCAGGACCAAAACAGGUCCCCAAAUCAAGACAAGGGUGGUGAUGGAGCUGGAGAAGGGGAGCAAGGAGUGACAUCAACUGAUAGUGCGGAUCAAAAUGGAAAAGUAAAUCGGAAACGCAAGGACCAAGACGAAGAGGAGGAAGAAGAGGGUGAAGAUGGAAAUGGUAAUGAGGAUUCUGGGAAUCAGAAGAAGCCUCGAGUUGUCUGGUCUGUGGAUUUGCAUCAGAAGUUUGUCUCCGCUGUCAAUCAACUGGGUCUUGAAAAGGCUGUUCCGAAGAAAAUACUUGACCUGAUGAAUGUUGAUGGGCUUACAAGGGAAAAUGUGGCAAGCCAUUUGCAGAAAUUUAGGCUUUACCUGAAAAGACUAAGUAGUGGAGCAAACCAGCAAGGCAACCUGGUUUCUGCAUUUGGUGCUAAAGAUCCAUCUUACUUGCGAAUGGGUUCACUUGAUGGAUUUGGAGAUUUUCGCUCUGUGCAUGGACCAGGAAGGCUUUCAGCCACUUCUCUUUCAUCAUAUCCACCCGGGAGUUUGCUUGGUAGAUUGAACUCUCCUGGUGGUUUAACCUUGCGGGGAAUAGCUUCUUCUGGGCUGCUCCAGCCAGGUCAUUCCCAAACCUUAAACAACUCUCUCAAUACUCUUGGAAUGCUCCAGUCCAGUCUCUUACCAACAAACCAAGGCACAAAUAUAUUUCAAGGGAUUCCUUCAGCACUGGAUCCCAAGCAACUACAAAUGAAGUCUAUUAAUCAUAUUGGGGAGUUUAACCGCAAAGGUGAUGCAGCAGGUUUUACACUUGCAAGUUGCUUCCCGGAUGCCAAAGUGACUAUUGGUAGCUUGAGCAACACCAUAUCUAGUGGCACAAGCAACCCUUCGAUACUACAAGCGAACCAACAACAAAAUCAGGGUAGGGGAUCAUUGGCGACUCAAUCUUCUCUAAGCACGCCUUCAUUAAAUCAGGAGUCUUUUGAUGUUGGUGUCCGUGGCUCUUCAAAUUUUCUGGAUCAUAGUAGAUGUGAUGAUAACUGGCAUGGUGCAGUUCAAUUGUCCACAUUUCCUUCAAACUCUUUGCCAUUGGGUGAACGUUUCAGACAUGAUCUAUUGCCUUCCAGUACUUUGAGAGACCAUAUAUCUUCCACAACCUCUCACAUUGUUAAUAGCCCCAUUGAUUUUUCUUCUACGAGUUCUCUCACAGCACCUUUAGAAGAUUCCAGAAUAGACAUGCAAGGACAAGCAGACUUGAUUGGCAAUAUUUUUCAGAAUACAACAAAUUACACAUCAAAGAACAGAUGGGAAGAAAAUAACCAAAACUAUAAUCCUGCUCUAAAUGGUUCAUUCGGUGCCAUGAACUCCCUGGUUUCUGGCAAUGGUUCCAUUGGCGCAUUGAACCAGAGUAUGGAACAAAGGAAAAGGUUUGAUGCAUCUAUAAAUGGUCAAUCAAACAGUGGGAAUCUAUCCAUGUUUCAGCAUCCUGAUGUCGAGAAUUCUGCUUUGGUUCCAAAAAUGACGUCUAAUGAGGACUUUAUCUUGGAGCAAACAAAGUCCCCGAAUGGUUUCGUUCAAAAUAAUUACGAGUCUUUGGAUGAUAUAAUGACUGCAAUGAUCAAACGGGUAUGA